AUUAGGGGCAAAGUUGGGGACAACUCAGCGAAAGGGAAAGGCAGUGCUUUUCCUCAUUAUGUCUGGAACCAGGGAACUUUUGAUGCUGGAAAACUUCAUUGAUGGAAAAUUUUUACCUUGUCACUCAUAUAUAGAUUCUUAUGAUCCGUCAACAGGAGAAGUGUAUUGCAAAGUGCCAAACAGUGGAAAAGAAGAGAUUGAGGCUGCAGUGGAGGCUGCCAGAGAGGCCUUUCCCAGCUGGUCGUCCUGCAGCCCCCAUGAGCGCUCCCAGGUCCUGAACCGGCUGGCAGACUUGCUGGAACAGUCCCUGGAGGACUUGGCCCAGGCAGAAUCUAAAGAUCAAGGGAAAACCCUGACUAUGGCAAGAACCAUAGACAUUCCCCGUUCUGUGCAGAACUUCCGGUUCUUUGCUUCCUCCUCCCUGCACAACACGACAGAGAGCACACAGAUGGACUAUCUGGGCUGUCUGCACUACACUGUGAGGACCCCAGUGGGAAUCGCGGGUCUGAUCAGCCCUUGGAAUUUGCCCCUCUACUUGCUGACCUGGAAGAUAGCUCCGGCCAUCGCUGCUGGGAACACUGUGAUAGCAAAGCCCAGUGAGCUAACUUCAGUGACAGCGUGGAUGUUGUGCAAACUCCUGAAUAAAGCAGGUGUUCCACCAGGUGUGGUCAAUAUUGUGUUUGGAACAGGGCCCAAGGUAGGUGAGGCCCUGGUGUCCCACCCCGAGGUGCCCUUGAUCUCCUUCACCGGAAGUCAGCCCACCGCUGAGCGGAUCACCCAGCUGAGUGCUCCAUUCUGCAAGAAGCUCUCCCUGGAACUGGGGGGCAAAAAUCCUGCCAUCAUCUUUGAGGAUGCCAACCUGGACGAGUGUAUUCCAGCAACUGUCAGGUCCAGCUUUACCAACCAGGGUGAAAUCUGUCUCUGUACCAGUAGGAUCUUUGUUCAGAAGAGCAUCUAUAAUGAAUUUCUAAAGAGGUUUGUGGAAGCUACCAGAAAGUGGAAAGUCAGCAUUCCUUCUGAUCCAUCAGCCAGCAUGGGUGCUCUGAUAAGUAAAGCACAUUUGGAGAAAGUCAGAAGUUACAUCAAGAAAGCUUGUGCUGAAGGAGCCAAAAUCCUGUGUGGUGAGGGGGUGGAUAGGUUGAGCCUGCCCCCCAGGAAUCAGGCAGGCUACUUCAUGCUUCCCACGGUGAUAACAGACAUUAAGGAUGAGUCCUGUUGCAUGCAGGAGGAGAUAUUUGGUCCGGUGACGUGUGUUGUCCCUUUUGAUAGCGAAGAGGAAGUGAUUAGAAGGGCCAACAACGUUAAAUAUGGACUGGCAGCAACCGUAUGGUCAGGCAAUGUGGGACGCAUCCACCGGGUGGCUCAGAAGCUACAGUCAGGCUUGGUCUGGACUAACUGCUGGCUGAUCAGAGAGCUGAACCUGCCUUUUGGGGGGAUGAAGUAUUCUGGGAUAGGAAGGGAAGGAGCCAAAGACUCUCAUGACUUCUUCACUGAAAUCAAAACCAUCACAGUUAAAUACUGAUCUUUGCCCAUGAGGAAGCUGUUGUGGUCACUGCCUUGCAGCAGAGACCCAGCUGUCCAGGGUGGUCAAGGAAGUGCUAGCAUCCAUCCCAGAAUAUCUUGAUGGCAGGAGGUACUCCCAAGCUCACCUUGGUGGCUCAUGUUUUUACCGGCUAGCAAAGAGAUUCUAUUUUCAAUGUGGACUAAGAGAGAAGACUUCUGAGUAGGAAACCACAACAAGGAAGCCACAAGAUCAUCAUGUCCUGUCUUCAUAGGAUUUUUGUCAUCCUCUUGACUGAAUUCUUGGAAUCCUCAGUAAUCAUAUAUUUUCAUUUACAAAUAUGGGUAAAAAAAAUCCACAAAGCUGAAAGACAACUCAGCAUGAUUUUCUGCCUUUGAGGGGACCAUGAACAUGGUCUCCUAGUCUACUGACCACCCAGCAAGGCUAAAUGAUAACUGUCUAUUCCUCAUUAUGUAUGGGGAUGUUGAAUAUUUAUGAAAUUUGUUCGAGGAAGCCUAUGUGAUAGGUUGGGCUAAAUAUAUCUAUACAAUGACUAACAAGAGUAAAAUUGCUACCACUUUUAGAGGAAACUUGGAACAAGAAGAGGAAACUAAUCCAUUUCCACUGUCAAGUCUAUCAAUUGUUGUCUUAUCAUUUCCUAAUCCAAAAAGAAGCAUUAAAAUAAUGAGCAAUUUUACUAAAAAGUAUGACUUGUCCAUUAUCCCUACUUAUGUCCAUUCUCUUAGAAGUAUGGAUUCUUUUUCUAAUAAAGCUAUUUCUAGUUGCUUAUU